AUGGGUAAUCGACAGAAACAAUGUGUUUUGACAACAAAAGAUAUUCAGAUCUUAUCAAAAACAAGUGGCAAAAGUGAAAAUGAAAUUCGUCAAUGGUAUAAUAAAUUUCUUCAAGAGAGUAAUAAUACCGGCCGAAUGAAUAAGCAACAAUUUCAAGUAUAUUACACAAACUUGAAAAAGUAUCCGAAUUCGGAUACAAUAAGUGAUCAUAUAUUUCGUGCAUUUGAUACGGAUCGUUCUGGUUCCAUCGAUUUUCAAGAAUUUCUUAUUGCUUAUAUCGCAACAAGUGAAGGUACAGUUCGUCAAAAAUUUGAAUAUGCAUUCGAAGUAUAUGACAUAAAUGGUGAUGACAUGAUUGAAAGAAAAGAAGCAAAAAAGAUUCUUAAUCUAUUAUGUCGAAUUCACGGUUUUUCCGAACACGAUGCCGUAAUGUAUACAAAUACAGUUAUGCUAACAUUUGAUACAAAUCAAGAUAAAUUUUUAUCAAGAACUGAAUUUAUUAAUGGUUGUUUACAUGAUUCAGCAUUAGGACAUAUAUCAAAUCCAUUUGCUAUUUAA